CUGUUCAACUCCCACUCCUCUCCCCUGGGAACUAAUCUUUUCAUUGCCUCUGUAGUUUUUAAGUCUUUGAUUUUCCAACUAUAGGCGUGCAUUAAGUUGAUUAAGAAAAAUGCAGUGGCUUUCACCUAAAACACGGACAUCUGGCUUCUUUCGAAAUACCAGCUCAGGGCUGUCACCGUGCCUGGGAGCUUUGGAUGAAGCUCCAUAGCUGGGCAUCCUUUUGGAUAAGAGUUGUCCUUCUGAGUUUGCUAUUGCCCCAAACAGUAACUGUAUUGCAACCAACCACUCCACAUGGACAUCAGUUUCAUUUAAAAAACGUGUCAAGAACAAGAACCACUAUGGGGAAGACAUCUAAAGCUUCCACAUUCCCAUUGCCUCAAAAGGUGGAUGUUUGGCAUUCCCAGCCUAAGUGCUAGUCCCUGCCUGCAGCAGGAGGGGGUGUGGUCCUGGGCCAGGGACUGAUGCUCUGUCUCAGGAAAGGCAUUUGGAGUCACUUCUGCAUUCGGCCUCCCCCACAGCUUUCAGGUGGGGCUGGAGGGUUGUUCAAGGGGCAUCUGUGCUGAAAACCAAGAGGGAGUCAGUCCCCUGCAGAGGAGGGUGCUGUGCAUGGAGCACGGCCACCGUGCUUGUCAUCAGUUUUCUCCUGGCCCAACACUUGAUCCGAGGCUUGUAAUUUUCACCUCUGAAUUACUGCGUUAACAGAAGUGGUCCCAAAACACGGAGUGAGAUGGAAAAGGACUACAUCGUACACCUGCAUUGCCAAAUGAUUCACGAGCCAAUGAUUCUCAGCAUCGUGUAAACCUUCACUACGUUCUAUGUACAGAGAGAACUGUGCAGAAAGCACGCAACCACACUUUGGAGAUGAAGCCUAUGUGACUCUGUGACCCACUGCUCUGUCCCCCCGAUCUUGCCCACCUGAGCCUCCCAGCAUCCCUGUGAGUGGCACGUACGAUUAUCCCAAUUUUCCUCACCGGAGACUGAGGCUCAGGGUGGUGACGGGACUUUGCGUGGUUGGCUUGGGACCAGAGCCGUCACUAAGCUAGUGCACCACCCCCCCUCCCCAGGGACACAGUGCUUCCUAACAAGAGCACUGCCUUCCAAUGCCUGCUUGCAGCCGUCGCUCCUUCUGUGUCCGGCUCUCUUCUUCACCGGGACGUGUUUCUUAUCUUCUCCGGGGCUGAGGUCACUCAUGGUGUCGGCAGGAGUCUGCGCUCGUUCCUUUUGGUCCCGGUAAGACAAGGCAGGAAUUCUAAAAAGCAGCAGCCAUCACUCCUGGGUCCUUUGUACAGUCCUGUAAAUAAUUCAUCUGGACUUGAGGGGUCUGACGCUGAGAACACAUUGAACCUCGCAGUAACCGGCGAGCUCUGCGCGCAGAACUUGAAUCCAGCGGGAAAGAGAAAUGUGUCUUUGAAAUCAGAGACGACUUUGAGUGACCUGAGAACACAGAUAGAGGCACCAGAGACAGACGGACAGCAGCCAGACGGAGUAUUUUUAAGGCACGUAAAGGUCGCCCUCAAGGUUUCCACAUACACAUCCCGCACGCUUGGCAGCUGGGAUCUGGGCACAACCAGGUCUGGAGUUGGAAACACCGGGAGACAUCCCAGCUAGCGCCCUUCCCGAGUCCCUCCUGCUGCUCUCGAUACCUGGAUCAAACAAAGAAAAUUGUGUUUGCCAGGCUCGCCAGCUGAAGUCACAAGAUUCCGGGUAUCAUGCAGCACUCUGGAAUUCCUACCAAAAGUCAUCAGAAGGGGUUUGCCACCCGCCACGGGGAAGAGGCCGUGCAUCGGACCUUCCAGAUAAAAGCGUUUAGUACAGAGUUGAAAAACCAUGUGAUGGUCAUGGAUUUCGUGAAGAGUAAGUGGUUCCCCUCCCAGAGAAGAGCCAAAGUUUGCGUCAUCCGUAUGUACCAAGGCCUAAAGACAGCCGAGCAGACAGCUGGCAGAUAUGAGAUUCACAGCCAGCUCUUCUCGUCCCCCAAAGAUCAUUCUGCUUGGGAAAGAAAUGAAGGUCUUUCAAAGCAGGAGACUCUGGCAUCGCAAAACCCAAAAAUGAUUUCAUCCGUAGUCAUUUCACAGCUGAUUGACGAGAAUAAAUCAAAGGCAAACCGGGCGGCGCUGCCCGCGCCCUGCGCGUCCGCUCUGCACGCACGUCCCGCGAAGCCAUCUCGGGCGACCCGCAGCGGGGUCUCCAUCAGCCGGGCGUUCGCCCUCCUUCCCGGCAAGCGGGCCAUCCAGACACCUGCGCAGAAGCCGGGACCUGACCCCGAGCUGCCGUCCAAUGAGGAGAAGCCGUGCAGCGGCCCCCAAAGGGGCUUUGCGUCCAUCACCAUCACGACCAGGCGCGUGGGCCCCCCAGCCAGCGCCCUGGCGUGGGAGGCCGUGGGGGACCCUCUGUGCACCAAGUGCACGGCCCAGGGCGCUCUGCUCGGGGACCCCUCUGCUCCGGCCGGGGGUACCUAUCCCCGCCCGCACCAUGGACCAUUCGCUUGCACGGAGUUCUCCAGAAACUGCUCUGUAGUGAUGCUGAAGCUUCCCGAGACCCAUCCCCGGCCGUGCGGGGGUCACGAGUGCUGGGUCACCAAUGUGGACAACCGAGAGAAUGGUUUUCCUCCAGGGGCCCCGCGGUCGGGAAAGAGGCCGCUGGUGUUCAGCUCCUGCAUCCAUCUCAGGGUGUCUCAGCAGUGUCCGAAUUCCAUUUACUAUCUAGACCGGUCCCUCUCUGUCCCCAUCGAGCAACCUCAACUUGCUGGCCCUAAAAUGCACAGGUCGGUCCUGUCGCUCCACCUAAAUUGUAGUUCACACAGAUUGACACCAGAUGGAGUUGAUGGCACAGAGAACGGAGGGCCAAUGAGCAGAGCCUUGAAGCCGGAGCUCACGGAGGGGAACCAGACCCUCCUAGGCCCCCGCUGGAACCCAGGUUUGCACAAAAGUCCCUUGAAGGAGAACCCGUUGCCAGAGCAGGUGCAUUCGCGGCCCAGCGCCUGUCCCUGGAGUGGCUCACCUCUGUUGGAAAAUACAGCCUUCUCGGAGGUGGGAGCCAACCAGGUCACUGGAAGAAAAGGGAAAGAGGAUUGCGCAGCUCGACACGCCGGUGAUGGUGCCAACCAGCUGUCCAUUCACAUUCCUGGCUGGAGCUACACAGCAGUAGAAACAAAAGUAUUUUCUGGAAGCAGCAAGAAGCAACAAGGAGAAGCACGUACAACCUUGUCUGCUCCCCCGGUGGCACAGAACCUGGUUAAAGAUUUCCUUCCCGAGGGGUGUAGCUCUCCAAGCAACACCUGUCAAUCUAGCAACUUCUCUGAGCCCUCAGAGAGUCGACAGCAAAGCGUCCUGAAAUCCAGAAUCCUUUUUCCUGGGUUUUUUUGCCCCUUACAAGAUGUAUGCACCUCUCCACAGGAAGACAAUGGUGUUCAGGUAGAAAGAGAGUUCCCCAAAGGAGAUUACAAGUGCUGCGACUUGGUUGUAAAAAUAAAGGGGUGCAGGAAGAGGGAGGAGCCUGAGCCAGCACCCCCCGAGCCGGCGCCCCCCGAGCCAGCGCCCCCCGAGCGACCAGAGACCCCUGACUUGUCAGAAGACUGUUCUGAGUAUCAGCAAACACCUGCAGGUUCCUUGACCUUGCAGGAAGCGCUGGAGGUCCGUAAACCCCAGUUCAUCUCUCGCUCACAAGAACGGCUGAAGAAGCUUGAACACGUGAUACAGCAGAGAAAAGCCCAGCGGAAGGAGAACCUAGCACAGAAGCAGAGUCUCUUUCCUGUCCGCGCCAACAAGAAGCAGUUCACGGUUCCCCACCCUCUGAGCGAUAACUUGUUCAAACCCAAAGAAAGGUACAUUUCGGAGAAGGAGAUGCACCUGCGAUCUAAAAGAAUCUAUAAUAACUUGCCGGAAGUUAAAAGGAAAAAAGAAGAACAAAAGAAAAGAGUGAUGUUACAGAGUAACAGACUCCGUGCUGAAGUCUUCAAAAAGCAAUUACUGGACCAGCUGCUUCAAAGGAACGCGGUCUAAACACAGGCCGCCCUGCUGACCCCCUACCUGGACCCGAGAUGACUUCAAACGCUGGAUCAACCAUUAAACGUAGCAUCAUCUUCAUGAAAUGAAAA